AUGUCAAACUCAACUUUGACCGAUGCAGAUCCAGAUUGGCUUAAUAAGGGCGAUCAAGCAUGGCAACUUACAGCGGGUACACUGGUGGCACUCCAAUCAAUUCCGGGUCUUGCGAUUUUGUAUGCAGGAAAAUGGGCGAUCAACUCCGCAUUUAUGGUGUUCUAUGCAUUCUCCGCCACGCUUAUAUGCUGGGUCAUUUGGGCCUACAAAAUGGCUUUUGGCAAGCAAUGGGGCAAGUUCCCUUUGGUUGGAACACCUGGUCCGGUUUUGACAAUGCAACAAAAUUUGGGCCAGGCCACCUUGCCCGCGGCCGGUCUCUCUACCAACUUUAAUCUGUCGACGAUGAUUUAUUUCCAGUUCGUUUUUGCCGCCAUCACUGUUAUUAUUUUAGGUGGGUCCUUGCUGGGCCGGAUCAACCUUCUGGCUUGGAUGAUAUUCGUGCCACUGUGGAUCACAUUCAGCUACACCGUUGGGGCAUUCAGUCUUUGGGGAGGAGGCUUCCUAUAUAAUAUGGGUGUUCUGGAUUAUUCGGGCGGAUAUGUUAUCCAUCUCAGCUCAGGUACUGCGGGCUUUACCGCCGCGUUCUGGCUAGGUCCUCGCUUACAACGUGACCGCGAUUCUUUUUUUCCAAACAAUAUUCUGCUUAUGUUGGUCGGUGCGGGGAUUCUUUGGGUAUGCUGGAAUGGCUUCAAUGGUGGUGACCCUUAUGCGGCAAGCCCCGAUGCAGGUGUUGCUGUAUUGAAUACAAACAUCUGCACUGCCAUGAGUCUGUUAGUUUGGACUACUCUCGACUUUGUGUUCUUCAAGAAGCCGUCCGUGAUUGGUGCUGUGCAGGGAGAAAUUACGGGUCUUGUUGCAAUUACUCCCGCUGCAGGGUUCGUCACCGGCUGGGGCGCUAUUAUUAUUGGAGCCUGUUCAGGCUCUAUCCCAUGGAUAUCAAUGAAUGUCCUUGGAAGAAUGAAAUGGAUGAAGAAGGUUGAUGACGUUAUGGGCGUGGUCCACACACAUAUGGUUGCCGGAUUCAUGGGCGGUUUUCUUACUGGUAUAUUUGCCACAAUAGAUGGGUGCGCUGCAUUCGGCCUUACGAACCCUGGAGGUGCGAUCGAGGGUAAUGGCAGGCAAGUUUGGCUGCAGAUUGUGGGUGCAUUGUUCAUCAUUGGCCUGAACUUGUUUAUGACCAGCCUGAUAUGCCUUUUCAUCAAGUUUGUCUUGCGUGUACCAUUACGACUGAAAGAACAAGAGCUUCUAGUUGGUGACGAUGCAGUUCACGGUGAAGAGGCAUACGCGCUAUUCUUCGAGGGCGAAAGAAGCCAUCUCAGUCUACAAUCGACAGCGUUGGAGAGUGGCCAUAUUAUCGAUGCCCACAGUCCUGGAAACCGUGAAGGAAGUGGCCAAGAGAGUCCUUCCUCCCCAAGUGCUGCUAAGAUUGCCAAUAAACUAUCAUAA